AUGAGUGCUUUCGUGUAUUAUUUUAUUGCUUUAUUAUAUAUUGCAACAAAUUGUGAAGCAGACUCGGGAAGAUAUUAUUACGAUUAUGAAUGCAACGAGCCUCUCGUGGCCACUGCUAAGUUAAGUGCUACUUCCAGUUUAAGGGAUAGAGGACCAGAGAAUGCGAAGUUAUAUGGUCUGAAUGCGUGGACGGCGUCGGAAAGCGAUUUCGACCAGCAACUAGUGAUAGACCUUGGGGCCGUUAAGAAUAUAACAAGAAUAGCGACGCAGGGCCGCGCCCACUCCCAAGAGUUUGUCCAGGAGUACCAUAUAAGCUAUGGCUCCAACGGACUUGACUAUGCGCGGUACAAAGCCGCGGGUGGCGAGGUCAAGCACCUAACAAUUAACAUGUUAGCCCGCAAAGAGUUGCGCGCCAUCGCCACGAGGGGGCGCUACGCUACCGAUGAGUAUGUCUCGGAGUAUAUGCUCCUGUAUUCAGACGAUGGCGAGAGUUGGAGGGCCGUCUCUUCAUCAGACGGCGAUGUGCAGAUGUUCGAGGGUAACCACGAUGGAAAUACGGUGAAGAAGAAUGAGUUCGAAGUGCCCAUAAUAGCGCAAUACAUAAGGAUAAACCCGAUGCGAUGGAGGGACAAGAUAUCGAUGCGGGUAGAAAUCUAUGGAUGUGACUAUGUGGCCGACACUCUGUACUUCAACGGGUCGUCGCUGGUCCGCAUGGAUCUGCUGCGGGCGCCCGUGUCGGCUUCCCGUGAGGCGGUCCGGUUCCGGUUCAAAACCAGCGCCGCGUCGGGCACUCUGCUCUACUCCCGCGGCACCCAGGGCGACUACAUCGCUCUGCAGCUGCGAGACAACCGUCUCGUGCUCAACAUAGACCUGGGUUCGGGCGUGGGCAGCUCGCUGUCGGUGGGCAGCCUGCUGGACGACAACAUCUGGCACGACGUGGUGAUUUCGAGGCACCGCCGAGACGUGAUCUUCUCCGUGGACCGCGUAGUUGUCACCGGCCGCAUCAAGGGCGAGUUCUCCAGGCUCAACCUGAACAGGGCCUUGUACAUCGGUGGCGUGCCAAAUCUCCAAGAGGGCCUGAUGGUGGACCAGAACUUCACCGGCUGCGUCGAAAACUUCUACGUGAACGCGACCAACGUCAUACAGGAGCUCAAGCAGGGCUACGAGUCUGGGGAGCCCUUCAAGUACCAGAAAGUCAACACACUCUAUGCUUGUCCAGAGCCGCCCGUGGUGCCCAUCACGUUCCUGAAGGAGGGCGCGUACGCGAAGCUGCGCGGCUACUCGGGCGGCAGCUCGCUCAACGUGUCGCUCGAGUUCCGCACCUACGAGCACCACGGGCUGCUCCUCUACCACAAGUUCAAGAGCGACGGCCACGUCAAGGUGUACCUGGAGGAGGGGCGCGUGAAGGUGGAGCUGGGCACGGGCGGCGCGCCGGUGCGGCUGGACAGCUGGCCGGCGCCGCAGAACGACGGCCGCUGGCACGCGCUGCUGCUCACGCUGGCGCCGGACGCGCUGCUGCUGGCGCUGGACCGGCGGCCCGUGCGCACCAGCACGCGGCUGCGCUUCCUCACCGGCCACACCUACCAGCUGGGCGGCGGCAAGGCGCCGCCGCGCGGCUUCGUCGGCUGCAUGCGCAACAUCGCCGUCGACGGCAACUACCGCCAGCCCGCCGACUGGACCAAGGACGACUACUGCUGCCCCGGCGAGCUCGUCUUCGACGCCUGCCAGAUGAUCGACAGGUGCAACCCGAACCCGUGCGAGCACGGCGGCACCUGCAGCCAAUCGGCCGACGAGUUCACCUGCAACUGCCAGGGCACGGGCUACGCUGGCGCCGUCUGCCACACCUCGGUGCACCCGCUGUCGUGCCAGGCCUACAAGAACGCGCAGGCGGUGUCGCGCUCCGCCGACGUGCUGGUGGACGUGGACGGCUCCGGCCCCUUACCCGCCUUCCCCGUCACCUGCGAGUUCUACUCGGACGGGCGCGUGCUGACGGCGGUGCAGGUGGCGGGCGGCGGCGGCGGGCCGGUGGACGGCUUCCAGGAGCCGGGCAGCUUCCGGCAGGACGUGGCCUACGAGGCGUCGCGCGCCCAGCUCGAGGCGCUGCUCAACCGCUCGCGCGCCUGCAGCCAGCGGCUCGACUACGCCUGCCGCCACUCGCGCCUGCUCAACUCGCCCAGCGACGAGGCGAGCUUCCAGCCGUUCGCUUGGUGGGUGUCCCGCACCGGGCAGCGGAUGGACUACUGGGCGGGGGCCACCCCCGGCAGCAGGAUGUGCCAGUGCGGGGUGCUGGGCGACUGCCUAGACCCCACCAAGUGGUGCAACUGCGACGCCGAGUACAGCCCGCUCAAGCCGGACGAGUUCCAGGUCGAUGGGGGCGAGAUCACCGAGAAGGAGUACCUGCCCGUGAAGCAGCUGAGGUUCGGGGACACGGGCAGCCACUUGGACGAAAAGGAGGGAAGAUACACGCUCGGCCCGCUCAUCUGCGAGGGAGACGACCUGUUCAGCAACGCGGUGACGUUCCGCGUGUCCGACGCCGUGAUCCUGCUGCCCACCUUCGACCUGGGCCACAGCGGGGACAUCUACUUCGAGUUCAGGACCACGCAAGAGAACGCCGUGCUGCUGCACGCAAAGGGCCCGCAGGACUACAUCAAGCUGUCGCUGAUCGGCGGGGACCAGCUGCAGUUCCAGUUCCAGGUGGGCGACACGCCGCUCGGCGUCUCCGUCGAGACCAGCAGCCGCCUCGCGGACGACAACUGGCACUCCGUCUCCAUCGAGCGCAACAGGAAGGAGGCGCGCGUGGUGGUGGACGGGGCGCUGAAGAACGAGAUCCGCACGGCGAAGGAGCCGGUGCGCGCGCUGCAGCUGAGCACGGCGCUGGCGCUGGGCGCGGCGCUCGACCGCGGCGACGGCUUCGUGGGCUGCGUGCGCGCGCUGCUGCUCAGCGGCCGCGCCGUCGACCUGCGCGCCUACGCGCGCCGCGGCCUCUACGGCGUAGCGGAGGGCUGCCGCGGCAAGUGCGCCUCGGCGCCCUGCCUCAACAACGGCACCUGCCUCGAGCGCUACGACGGCUACGCCUGCGACUGCCGCUGGACCGCCUUCAAGGGGCCCAUCUGCGCGGACGAAAUCGGUGUGAACCUUCGACCGAACUCAAUGGUUAAAUACGACUUCCUCGGUUCAUGGAGAUCAACAAUCAACGAGAAGAUCCGCGUGGGCUUCACCACCACCAACCCCAAAGGAUUCCUGCUCGGCUUCUUCUCCAACAUCACCGGGGAGUACCUCACACUCAUGGUGUCCAAUUCGGGCCAUUUGCGAGUGAUAUUCGACUUUGGGUUCGAGCGGCAGGAGAUAAUCUUCCAGGGCAAGCAUUUUGGCCUGGGCCAGUACCACGACGUCAGACUAUCUCGCAAGGACAGCGGGGCCACCAUGGUUUUGCAGGUGGACAACUACGAGACGCAGGAGUACCGGUUCAACAUCAAGGAGUCCGCGGACGCGCAGUUUAACAACAUCCAGUACAUGUACAUCGGGCGCAACGAGUCGAUGAGCGAGGGCUUCGCGGGCUGCGUGAGCCGCGUCGAGUUCGACGACAUCUACCCGCUCAAGCUGCUCUUCCAGCAGGACCCGCCGCCCAACGUGCGCACCAUCGGCGGGAUCCUGCACGAGGACUUCUGCGGCGUGGAGCCGGUGACGCACCCGCCCGAGCCGGCCGAGACCAGGCCGCCGCCCGCAGUAGACCUGCAGCGCGAUCUGGACUUCCACCGCACCGACGAGGCCAUCCUGGGCACGGUGCUAGUGUUCAUCUUCCUGCUGCUGAUCAUUGUGGCUGUGGUGCUGGUGCGCGCCCUCUCGCGUCACAAGGGAGAGUAUCUCACUCAGGAGGAGAGAGGAGCCGACGGCGCGGCAGAUCCUGACUCGGCCGCGCUAGCCGCCGCCACCGGCGCCAGGGUCACCAAGCGCCGCGAGUUCUUCAUC